AUGAACAAAUCUCGAGUGCUGCGCCUCGAGAUGCGUUUAUUUGUACUUUCCACUUUUACCAUGAGACAGAGAACCGAGAACUAAUUUAUUAUAAAAAUAAAUAUAUAGAAAAUAUCAAAAAAUAUAACGAAUAUCUUUUAGAGUUUCAUAUAAUAUUAAAACACUCAAAAUUAGCAGUUUUAAUUGUAAAUCUUCCACCAAAUGACGAAAAUCAAGUCAA